AUGGAAGUUGGUGCGUCCUCAUCUUCUCGUCCUCCUGUGUUUAGCAAACCUCCGAUCUUCCUUUCCAAGAGAUUCGACAAGGAAGAAACUAUGUCUACUCCGUAUGAGAAACUGGAACUGAUUAUUGAACAACCUGUGGACUUCGAAAGUCUGAAAGCAAAUGGGUAUGAUGUCAAAAAGUAUUUUGAGAAUCAGUAUUGGAUGAACUUCUUCGACAUUCUGAAUGGUCCGGUGUACACAGAACUAGUAAAGGAUUUUUGGCCAAGAUGUGAAGUAGUGGAGAAGGAAGAUGCUGAAAGGGAAUAUAAACUGAAGGUUGCUGAGAAUCCAAAGGUCAACAAAGGGAAGUCUCGUAGUGAAUUGGGUUUAAGAGAUUUUACAGAAACUGAGAUUAGAUCUGGGUUUGAGGAGGUCAUUACACAAACCACAAUUGCUGAACUUCUGAAAAUCCCUAAUGAGGGGUUUUACAUCGAUUUUAGCAAAGAAGGAAAGGAUUCUCCUUAUGCUAACAUGAUCAACAGAUAUCUGUAUGAAACCGAGAUAACUGAACCAACAAACAAGACUCUCCAUCUGAAGAAACCUGUUAAGGUUUUGGUUAAGAUUAUGCAAGGUUCAAUCUUUCCUAGGUCAGGAGGAACAGACCAAGUGUCUUGGAAUCAUAGACACUUUCUGUACUUUCUGUACCAAAACAUUCCUCUGAACCUUGCUGCUUAUAUCUUCAAUCAAUUGUGUGCAAGCAUUAGGGCUGGUAUGGCUGUCAGGAACCCCUCCAAGAAGAUAGUUUAUCCCAGAUUGAUAAGUGAGCUUUUUCAUCAGUGUACAGUGGUUAGAAGGAUUCAAGAAGCUGGUGCUGACUUCAUCUUGACCACUGCUAGAGGAACUUUUUUGACUGGAAAGUCUUUGAAGAAAAUGAAUCUGUUAUCUGAACCUGUGAAGUACCCAAAUCUACCUCUGUUAGAGAAUCACUCUCUCAGACCUAUCAAUGAAGCUACUCCUAUGGUCUUUGAGGAUGAACCCAAGGAAGUAAUUCAGAACUACAUCAAGGAGAUGGUCAAGCAAGGCAAGAUGGUUUCUGAAUCUGAUGUGGGUAAAUCAUCCAACGAUGGAAAAGAUCCUAGGAAAAGGAGAAGAGUCAGAUGUCAGUCAGCAGAAACAAUAGUAGAGCAACCCAGCUCUAAGGUAACUGCCUCUGAUAAAGGUAAAAGAACUUCUGAGCAAGUGGUUAUCAAGGAUGUGCCUCAGAAGGUUGCUACUACUGUUAAGAAAGAAGCAGUCAAGAGGAAAGCCGAGACUGAGGUGAAAGGCAGAAGGAAAUUGAUCCUACCUAAGGAUGUUGAUGAUGAUGAAGAAACAGAUGAUGAGGAGCCUCAGAUGAAAAGGACUAGGAAGGUUUUGUUGAGGCAAAAAUGCAAAAUCCCAAUUUGA